UAAGAUCGGAAGUAUUGAAGAGUCGUGUAAUUGUUUCCACAAACAACUUAUGGUAUAUUCACUCUCUAAUUCGGAUCCAAUAUAUUCUGUGAAUGGACCCAACUGUCAGAGUUGUCGGUGUUGUUGUACGGGAACUACAUUUUCGAUCAACAAUUACUCGACGGAUGAAGAGUGCGGUACUAUUGCUAAGAAAUGGUCGGGUCUGGCAAAGGAAGCCCUCACUUAUGCCGACAAUUUUUGUGAUUUAAUGUAUUUCGAAAAGAGUCCCAAAAAAGAUGACGACGACGAC